UGCUCCCUCCGAAGCAGUAAACCAGCGUUUCUGUUUGUUUGUUUGCUUUGCCCUUAGUUCCGUCACUCCAAAUCCACCCACCAAGGACCCUGACCCUGUCCACUCCAGGCGAAUCGAGACCGUCCGGCUGGGUCCCCCCAAUUUGGGCCGACUUUGCGCCUCCAAACAACCUUAGCAUGAUGUCUUAUCUAAAGCAACCGCCUUACGCAGUCAAUGGGCUGAGUCUGACCACUUCGGGUAUGGACUUGCUGCAUCCCUCCGUGGGCUACCCGGGGCCCUGGGCUUCUUGUCCUGCAGCCACUCCCCGGAAACAGCGGAGGGAGAGGACUACUUUCACGAGGGCACAACUUGACGUUCUGGAAGCUCUGUUUGCCAAGACCCGGUACCCAGACAUCUUCAUGCGGGAGGAGGUGGCACUGAAAAUCAACUUGCCAGAGUCCAGGGUGCAGGUAUGGUUUAAGAAUCGAAGAGCUAAGUGCCGUCAGCAACAGCAGCAGCAACAAAACGGAGGUCAGAACAAAGUGAGACCUGCGAAAAAGAAGACCUCCCCCGCUCGGGAAGUGAGUUCAGAGAGUGGAACAAGUGGCCAGUUCACUCCCCCCUCUAGUACCUCAGUCCCAACCAUUGCCAGCAGCAGUGCUCCAGUGUCUAUCUGGAGCCCGGCCUCCAUCUCCCCACUGUCUGACCCCUUGUCCACCUCCUCCUCCUGCAUGCAGAGGUCCUACCCCAUGACCUAUACUCAGGCUUCAGGUUAUAGUCAAGGCUAUGCUGGCUCGACUUCCUACUUUGGGGGCAUGGACUGUGGAUCUUAUUUGACCCCUAUGCAUCACCAGCUUCCUGGACCAGGGGCCACACUCAGUCCCAUGGGUACCAAUGCUGUUACCAGCCACCUCAAUCAGUCCCCAGCUUCUCUUUCCACCCAGGGAUAUGGAGCUUCAAGCUUGGGUUUUAACUCAACCACUGAUUGCUUGGAUUAUAAGGACCAAACUGCCUCUUGGAAGCUUAACUUCAAUGCUGACUGCUUGGAUUAUAAGGAUCAGACAUCCUCAUGGAAAUUCCAGGUUUUGUGAAGACCCGUAGAAGCUAUUUUUUCUUUUUUUGUGGGUGAUUUUUAAAUAUGCUGGGCUGGACAUUCCAGUUUUAGCCAGGCAUUGGUUAAAAGAGUUAGAUGGGAUGAUGCUCUCAGACUCCUGAUCAAAGUUACCGAGAGGCAUAGAAGGAAAAAAGGAAGGGCCUUAGAAGGGUCCAUCAACCAGCAACCUGAGAUGGAUAAACCAAUCUACUUAAGAUUCUGUUAUAGUUCUAGAUCAUUGGUUUUUCUGAUUUGCAAAUGAUUGAUCCAAAUAUAUUCUAGCAACACGCAACCAAACACCACUCCAAGCAAAAAUCAAACACAACUGAGUAGGGGAGGGAAGGUCAUGGCCUUCAAAGCAGACGUGAUCUGAUGUUUUAGCCAAUCUUUGGUUGAAUCUUAGGAAUGGACAAUGUCCCAAGCUCAUUCACGUUUCAUGACCAACUGGUAGUUGGCACUGAAAACCUUUUCAGGGGCUGUGUGAAUUGUGCGACUGAUUGUCCUAGAUGCACUACUGUAUUUAAAAGAAAAAAAAAAAAAAAAGCUGACGCUCAUACGGAGUCAAUAUGUAGUUUAAGAGACAAUCAGUGUGUGUCUUAUAUAAAUGGUACAUCUGUGGUUUUUAAUCUGUGCUAGACUUCAAAACUGUGAUCUCCUGUUAUUGUAUGCAACCUUGAACUCCACCUCCACAGGGGUUCUUCUGUGAUUAAAUAGGUUAUAAUUAUAAGCAAAAAUUCAGAGCAACUGCAUACUGAUCUAGAACGAUUUACCUUUGGCUGGAGGUGAGCUGCCCUGCUGUCUCUGGACAAGGAUCGAGAAGAAGCAAAAGGAGCCUAAUUCACCCGUAAUUUAACGUUGGUAAGCCUGGCAGUCAAAAAGACAUUGGUCAAUUGCUCUGACCCUGAUGAAUUUUAAACUGAGAUCAUUGUCAUUUAUGCUUGCAGAUGUUAACUGGAAGUUAUAUAUGCAUAAACCCUUCCUGGAUUUGGCUGAUAUGUAUAAUUAUAUUAAAAUGGUUCUAGCACAA